UAAGCGCUCAAUAAAUACGAUUGAUGAUGAUAAUAAUGCAAUUACUGUUGCCAACAGAUUGCUUAUCUGCCCUAAAUGGGAGUCUCUGCGGACCCGUGAGUUCAGCGUCUAACCUUCAGCCACCACCGAAAGUGCAUCAUUUUCUCCCAGAAACCGAAGGCAGCGGUUGCUGAAAUCAGGAGCUUCGGCAAGAAGAAUAGCAGGACAAAUAACUUGACACUGUAACACACUUAAUCCCAGAACUGGACCUAAAACCAAUGCUAAGGCUAGCAGGAAGCGAGCGCAUUAACUGUUCCGUCAACAUUAGUAGUUAAAAUGCAGGACCACAACCUCCCCAUGAGACCAGUAGUCAAGGAUUCUCCCAGCGGCUGUGGCGAAGCGAGAGCCACCACGGCGGACGCUGCUGCGGCUGCCUGUAGCUAUUUUAGUUAAAGCCACAACAUCAAAGACCCUACAGUGCUGAAUCAAAGCGAAAAUGGGGUCUAAGGGAGAGAGUGCCACGAUUUUAAGGGGCAAUAGAUUAACUUCAGGUUGGUGGAUACCGUGCUCAAGAUGAACAACCCAGAACCCUAGGAUUUGGGGGCAAAUCUUUUUCUUUUGACUAUUUUGUGACUUCAGAUACCUCCUUUCAGAUCAACACGUAUUUGCUGUCUUCACCAGAAAUGUUUUUAACAUUCUCCAGAAAAAACAUGUCCCAGAAACUGAGUUUGUUGUUGCUGAUAUCUGGAUUCAUUUGGGGUUUGAUGUUACUUCGCUACACUUUUCAACACCCAAGACAUCAAAGCAGUGCUGAGUUGCGUGAACAAAUAUUGGACUUGAGCAAAAGAUAUGUCAAAGCUUUGGCAGAGGAAAAUAAGAACAUAGCGAAUAGUGGGAGUGGAGCAUCUAUGGCAGGAUAUGCUGAUCUGAAAAGAACGAUUGCAGUCCUUUUGGAUGAUAUUUUACAGCGCCUCGUGAAACUGGAAAGCAAAAUUGACUACAUAAUUGUGAACGGCUCAGCAACCAACACUACCAACGGGACCAGUGGCAAUUUGAUGCCGGUAACAACAAGUAAACGGAUAAAUGCAGUUGGCAAUAUUAGAUAGCAGUAGUAGAUCAACUUGUGCUGCUCUUUUACCGUGGAUUACAUCCUCCUCCAGGAAAAGCUUUUUCAAAUCUCCGGCUAGAGCAGAGUAAUAGUUUUCUGUAGAAGCUUUGUGCACUAUUUUCUAAGGAACGUGCUGGAGUCAUGAAACCCUGAUUUCUGUAUAUGAAUUCAAAAAAUAGUAACUGUUUGCUUUCAGGCAAGCCCGUUCCGUGCUGUACAAUACCCCAAGAGGUAUUCUGGCACCGUGGUUGAUGUAGGUGUUUAUUGUGUAACUCGCUUGUGUGUGAAAGCUGAAACAAAAACACCGAGAGACGUGAAUUAAUAGCGUAUUUAUUUAAAUCUAAAUCUAACAUAUCGUUUGGACAAGUGGAGACUCUCUUGUAGUGCAAUCAUUUCUGUGAUCUGUUUUAAACAGAACUAACUAAAUGUUAAGACUAAAGCUGUUGUAAAAUCGUGUGUACUUACAAUAUUAUAUUUUGUUACUAAGCAAUCGGUAGACUGAGCUAUCGUGCUGAGGUUAAUAUGUAGAAAUCAUGACCCAAAGAAUGUCUUUAUUUGCACUAUCUACUUAGAAUAUAAUGAGGGAAAUUACUGUAUAUUUAAACCUUUAUUUUAAAAGAAUAAUCAUGAAAAUAGGUAGUAAUCACUGUCCAGAAAUGUGUUCCAAAAAUUGAAGCCGUUAAAUAAUCAGCGAUAAAUUUAAAACUUUAGUUUUGUAAUAUUACAUGGUGAGAAAAAUAAGAAUUUUGUAUCAGAAAAUGAAAAUAAGAAACGGAGUGGUCAUAAUUUUCAAAUUGAUGAAUGCCGCGUGUCGCUUAUUUUAAUAUAUAAUGCUUCGGCAGCCCGUGCCACCAAUAUAUGACAUUUGGUUUUUGUCAUUCUCUUGUUCUGUCUCCUACAGAGAUGUGGGACAGGACUGUGUCCAACUUAAUUAUCCUGUAACUACCCCCAGUGCUUAGUACAGUGCUAAGCUCACAAUAAGCGCUUAACAUAUAACACAGUUAUUAUUAUUAUUAAGUUCCUGUUUAUAUUGCAUUGGAAUGAGGAGAACUGAGGCAGCAAAAAGCCAGUUGUGUUGGCUUAAAUCAGAUGUGUGUUAAUUCAUAGUUUGUGAGCCCCUUGAGGGAUUGGGUCUGUGUCUAAUUCCCAUCUGUGCACUCUUUCCCCAGUGCUUAGUACAGUGCUUUGCAAAAGUCAACGCUUAGUAAAUACUAUUGCUACUACUUCUAAUUCUCGCUAAAUUCAAGUCGAUAGCCAAGAUAACAUCGCCUUAAGUGUUACUUAUAGCCGAUAAAAACUGCCAUAAUUGUUCUCUAUGACAAAUGCUUAAAUUAAGCUCAUUGGUGUCUGGUUUUAGGUUUCAUUGAAUGAAGUAUAUGUGUGUGAGGGUUGUAAUCAUUUAACAUGCUUCGAUAUAAUACCAGUAAAUAGGUCAUCAGUCAGGUAGGUGCUUCAUGAUUUACGGCUUUCUAAACUCUUUUCUCUUCGGUCUUCAGUUUAGCUUUAUAUAGAAAGUGAAAAGCAUAUAUGAUUCAGUAGAACUUGGAACACUGUUCAGAUAAUGUCUGUGACAUAGGUGUGAAUAUAUUUGUUUUUUGGGGGACAAAAUAAAAUAUUUUAUUUGUACUUGUAA